AUGUCAUCCUUCAUCAUGCUGUCUUCGUUGCUCGUUGGUCUCACUUUCGUUGUCCUUGUUAACAGUUACUGUCAGAGACCUGGCUUUUACUGCCAAAAUUAUGGCAAAUGUACAGAAAAACAAACGUGUGAAUGUCCUCAUGGUUUUCGAGGUUUUGACUGCAGAGUACCUCAGUGGGUCCCAAAUUGUGCCAACAAUUGCAGUGGUCACGGAGAGUGUGUGACAACCAUGGGCUCGGACUGGUGUUACUGUGACUAUGGAUACUUCGGAGAAAACUGCAGUAUCAAGAAUGAUACGGUGCGUUGUGGACCAAAAAACAUCACCAUUAUAACUUAUCUGUCAUCCGCAAAGUCCGUAUCACUCCAUGGCCACCCAAUGUGUCAGUUUUCACGGAUAGAUGCCGGACCAAAUGUAUACAAAUACGAACUGGUCGUUGACAGAUUACCACAACCCGGGCACCCAUGCGCAGGAGCAUUACAUACCAUGGUUAUUGAUCCAAUUACAACAGUGCAGAUGUUUCAUGUAGAAAUCCAAACAGCAUUUGGGAAGGUCGCACCACUAGAUUGGAUCACAGAGUUCGAAUGUACUUACAAAAAUAGUGUCACAGGUUCUGUCGAGGAAAAGCUAAAUUCAAGGCCAUACGAGGUUAAACUGUUAGACAGUCACUAUGAUAUCAAAACAACUGGGGAAAUACCUAUGUACCACGAAUUCUCGCUGGAGUUCACGCCCUCGGCUGAAGUAAGAGGGCCAGAUGCUCAUCUUAUGGUGUGGGAUCUGAAGGUCUUCGAUGCCAAGACAUCUCGACGGAUAGCAGAUGUUCUUAUUGACGGAUGCCUGACCAUUGCCGGAGAGGAAAGACUGCUUGGACCUCCAGCACAGUCACAGAAAGGAAUGGUGUUGACCUUCGCUCCCGUGAAUAAAGACACGCAUCUCUUCUACGACUACAAGGUUAAGAUUUGUGAUGGACAAUGUCCACGGCCAACUUGUACCGGAAAACCUAUACCCUCGGAAUGGGUUGGCUUCAAUGUCCACAUCGUCUGA